AUGCGUUCUCUGGUUGGAAACAUGAAAAUCGACGACAAGUUCUUUAAAGAGAUGUUCCAAGAACGUCUGCCGACGUUGGUACAAAGAAUCUUGGCCCCUGGCACCGACGACCUAGACAUAUCAAAGUUAGCGGUGAUUGCUGACCGUAUGAUGGAGGUUGGGCGUUUGUCAUCCCCGACUACUGCUCAGGUGUCCCAGCCUCUCAACGCGUCCACGUCUGACUUGGCUGAACUAAAGACACAGAUUGCCCAGUUGUCAUCGACGGUUGCCGCUUUGCAGCUGCGUCGACCCCCCGGUCCCUCUCGACGUUCCUUCGGCCGUGACCGUCGUCGUUCCCGCUCUCAUCCCAGGACCGCCAACCUAUGCUGGUAUAAUGUCGACUAUGGCGACAAGGCGCGACGCUGUAUCCCACCCUGCUCCUUCAAGUCCACGCAGGGAAACUCCUCGGCCGGAGAGUAA